AAACCCAUCAAUCAAUUAUUAAAAAUGUCAUUUUUUUUUUUUCCAUUAAAAAGAAAAAUCCUAAUAUUAACUUGUUACAUAAACUAGGUAAAUAUAUGGUAAUAAAUCUAAAAUUAAAGAUUUUUGGAUCAGAAGAGACCUAUGGAGAUGGAGAAAGAGAACAAAAAAAUGCAUCAAAUCCUUCAUAUGAAAGGAGGGAUUGGAGAGGAGAGCUAUGCCAAUAACUCAAAAUCACAGAGUGCAAAAUUAUCCAGGGUAAUGCCAUUAAUGGUUCAAGCAGUUCUGGAAUUGUGUGGCAAAGAUUUGCCAGAGCUUGUUACCAUUGCAGACCUUGGAUGUUCUUCAGGACCAACUUCUCUCUCUGCAGUUACUCAAGUCACAAGCCUCAUCUACAAAAGAUGCAUUCAAUUGGGUCGAUCACCACCGGAAUUUAGUGUGUUCUUGAAUGAUCUUCCAGGAAAUGAUUUUAACACUGUUUUCAAGUCUCUGCCUGUUUUCCAUGACAAAAUGAGAACAGAGAAUGGGCAAGAUUUUCCUCCAUGUUAUAUUUCUGGUGUCCCUGGUUCUUUCUACGGGAGGCUUUUUCCUUCAAAUAGUCUGCACUUUGUGCACUCUGCUUCAAGUCUCCACUGGCUUUCACAGGUACCUCCCGAGUUGAAUCAUGACAAAUCAAAUCCGCUUGUAAACAAAGGAAAAAUCUACAUUUCAAAGACAAGUCCACCUGCAGUGGCGAAAGCUUAUCAGAGUCAAUUUCAAAGAGAUUUCUCUUCAUUUCUCCAUGCACGCUCAAAGGAAGUUGUUCCAGGAGGACGAAUGGUACUGACAUUCUCAGGUCGAAAUCUUGCAGACCCAUCACCAGAUUCAAGUUGUUUGCUUUGGGAUUAUUUAGGACAAGCAUUUCAAGAUUUGGUCACUCAGGGGCUCAUUGAAGAAGGAAAGCUAGAUACAUAUAAUACACCAUAUUAUGAACCAUACACAGAAGAUGUUAAAGCUGAGAUAGAGAAGGAAGGAUCCUUUGUCCUUGAUGAUCUUGUGACUGUGAUUAUUACAUGGGCUGACAUCAAUGGAGGAGUGAACUGUGAUAGGGCGACAACAGCCAAGAAUGUGGGAAAGGCCAUUAGAGCAGUCAAUGAGUCCAUGAUUCAGAAUCAUUUCGGGGCAGAAAUUAUGGAUUGUUUAUUUCAGAGAUUCUGUGAAAUUAUGGCAGCUGAUACAAAAGAAGUUGAUCAUGUAAAUAUUGUUGUUUCUUUAAUUAGAAAAGAUAAGCAACAUGUUUAAAGCUGUAAUUUUAGCUUAUCUUCUCCUUUCACUAAUGUGUAAUUUUAGUUCAUCUUCUCCUUGCACUAAUUGUAUUCUUACGGGUGGCAAAUCACUGUCUCAAGAGUUUUAACGCAAUUGUAUAUUCAAAAUUUAAACUUUAAAUUUUAAUUAAGCUAAAAGAUAUCAUUACCAUCUCAUCUGAUGCUUUAAGUUA